GCAGCUUUUCCUGUUCCCUGAUCCAGUCACUUCAGCCCACUUCCCUACCGACCCUCCUCGUGCCCAUCCGCCCCGACUCCCCUUCCCACCUCGCGAGCUCCCUCGCCUCGUCGCCAGCUCGAAGACGGAGAGCUCGCCUCGUCUGCUCUGCCUCCCUUAUCGUGCCCUAACCCUCGAAUCCAGGCGGGGUGGUUCCUCAGAGGUGGCGUCGCGGCGAUGGACAUGGAGACGGAGCCGCGGGCGAAACCCUUGUCCUACAAGAUUAAAGCCAUGUCCCGCGAGUCGCCGUCGCAGAAAGCGUCCAACGUCCUCGACCCUGACCUCCGCACUCACUGGUCCACCGGCACCAACACAAAGGAGUGGAUCCUCCUCGAGCUCGACGAAGCUUGCUUACUGUCCCAGAUAAGGAUCUAUAAUAAGUCUGUGCUUGAGUGGGAGAUCACUGUUGGGUUGCGCUUUAAGUCUGAUUCUUCUCAGCCUGACACAUUUUUAAAAGUUCGUCCACGUUGUGAAGCUCCAAGAAGAGAGAUGAUAUAUCCGAUGAACCAUACACCAUGUCGUUAUGUGAGGAUAUCUUGUUUGCGAGGAAACCCAAUAGCUAUAUUUUUUAUCCAGCUAGUAGGAGUGACCGUCACUGGACUAGAACCAGAGUUUCAACCUAUAGCUAAUUACUUGCUACCAAAUAUUGUAUCACAUAAGCAUGAUUGUCAGGAUAUCCAUCUUCAGCUGCUUCAAGAUGUGGCAAAGCAUCUGUUGUUUUUUCUUCCUCAACUUGAGACAGAUCUUACCAAUUUCUCUGAUGCUGCAGAGACUAGCAUACGUUUUUUUGCAAUGCUUGCUGGUCCAUUUUAUCCAAUUCUCCAUCUUUCUAGUGAAAGGAAUGCUUCAACUACAUUGCUUUGUUUGUCUGAUUUAGAUGCAUCUAAAAGUAACCCAUCAUCUACUUUGACAGUGUCAUCGAACUUUGAGGCACAACCCAGGCGAUCACGCAGUCCACCCUUUCCUGAAAUUGCUUCUAGCUCUAUAGUGUUUCGACCUGAUUCUGUCAUAGCCCUGUUAAGGAAAGCUUACAAGGAUUCUUAUCUUGGAAUUGUUUGCCGUAAAGCCUCAAAGGCAAUACACAGGCUUAUGGAGACAAGUAAGCUCUCAGGGGAAGGAAGCUAUGUUGAUGACUCCACUUUAUCUUCAGUUUCUGAGGAGAUUGUCAAGAGUGAAGCCAACAGUCAUGUUGAGCUAACUGAUUACUCAACCUUGUUUGGGCCAGAACUUAAAUUACCUGAUGACCAAUGGGAUGCUUCUUACUUGAAUGUGUUGGAUGUUGCUGCAGUUGAAGAAGGCAUUCUCCAUGUCCUAUUUGGAUGUGCUUCACAACCUCUCCUAUGUUGCAAAUUGGCAGACAGUAAUUCAAAUUUUGGCCCCAUUUUCCCACUGAUACAAGCUCUGCUUCCAGCACUUCGCCCUCCAAUCAGCAGCCCCCUUGAUCAAGUUGAUGACAGUUUUUCACAGUGGAAACAUCCUUCUGUGCAUCGCGCUCUUUCUCAGAUAAUGACUAUGUCAUCAUCAUCAGUAUAUCAUCCUCUUCUUCAUGCUUGUGCGGGAUACCUGUCUUCUUUUCUAUCAUCUCAUGCAAAAGCAGCUUGUGUGCUUAUUGAUCUAUGUUCCGGACCUUUAUCACCAUGGAUACCUACAAUUACUGCAAAGGUUGAUCUUGCAAUUGAACUCAUAGAGGACCUCUUGGGUGUUAUUCAGAAUGCUCCCCAAUCUAUUGCUCGUGCUCGCUCUGCACUGAAGUAUAUCUUGUUGGCCAUCUCUGGACAUGUGGAUGAUGUGCUAGCAAAAUAUAAGGAACAUAAACAUAGGCUGCUGUUUCUUUUUGAGAUGCUAGAGCCUUUCCUCUAUCCUUUGAUUGCUGGAAAAAGGAAUACAAUUUCUUUGUUAGAUGCUUCUUCACAUUUGGCAAAACAGGAGAACUGUUUCAUUGCACUCAAUAUUAUACGCACAGCUUUGCAAAGGCCUGCUAUUCUCCCUUCAGUCGAAUCUGAGUGGAGACGUGGAUCGGUUGGACCAAGUGUGCUUCUUUCUGUUCUGGUUCCACAGUUUCCAUUACCAUUAGACAUUGACAUUUGCAAAUUUUCAAAUCCCAAAGUUGCUAGUCAAGAUUCUUUCUCUGUUUCUUCUCCUAGCAUUUCCUGUAGUCCUGAUGAGGCUAAUGGAAAGAAUGAUGUAAAUGAAGCCGCGGCAAAAAAGAAUGCGUUUGAAGAUGCUGACCUAUUGUUUGUCCCUAUUGAAUUGACACAAGCUGUGUUGACAAGUACUUCCAACUAUCUUGCCGAGGACAAUGUGAAUUUGAAUUCUGAUUGCAGCAAUAAUGAGGCAAAAAAGAUAUCAAAGAACAAUUUUCAGUUGAAUACUGGUUUCUUUGCUGAUUACUUCUAUUCACAGGCAGAUUAUCUGCAACUUGUGAAUCAUCAAGAUUCAGUAUUUCGGGCUUCAGAAUUUGAACGGUUGGCAUCCGACUUCUGUUCAGAGGUCAACAGAACACCAGAAAGCCAUGAAGCUAUAAUAGAUGCAUUGCUCUUAGCUGCAGAGUGUCAUGUCAAUCCAUUUUUUAUGAUGUCUUAUGGAUGUAACUCGAAACUUGUCAAUGAGUUGAAAACGGUUGAAUCUAGUUUAAAGGAAAACAGUGGAGUAAUUGAGUUAAAUAAGGGCCUGAAAAAUAAUGUAGAUCUGGAGACCAUAGCUCAUCUUGAAAGGAAAAGGGACUUAACUGUUCUACAAAUUUUACUCCGUGCUGCUAAACUUAAUAUUGAAUUUUUGAAUAAUUUGUCACUUUCUCAACCUCAGUUAGAUGAUCCUCAAGAUAAUGAACAGGUUGUGCAAAUAUCAACAUUGGACACUGAAUCAGUUGAUGCAGUAACAUUUGUUAGACAGAAUCAGACAAUACUAUGUUGUUUUAUAGUUGGACAAUUGAGAAGGGAGCAACAAUCAUCACAUGAAACCCUUCUACAUAGUCUCCUCUUUCUACUUCAUUCUGCAACUGAGUUAUCUUGUCCUCCUGAGGUUGUAAUUGACAUCAUACUGCACUCAGCUGAAAAACUUAAUCUAGAAGUUACAUCUUUGUACAUGCAAGUGAACACCGGAAAUAGAGUGACCGAAACAGAAAAGUUGCACAGAUUGCAAAGGCGUUGGACCCUUCUUCAAAAAUUGGUGAUAGCAUCUUCUGGCAAUGGGGAGAUGGAUCACAUUUGUGGAGUCCAUAGUGGUUUUAUGUACAGAAAUUUAGUCCCACCUUUCUCGUGGACUCAGAAAAUAUCUAGAUUUGCAAGUUCUACAUUACCCCUUGCAAGAUUUCUAGGAUGGCUUGCGGUUUCUCGAAAUGCCAAGCAAUGCUUGAAGGAACACCUGUCUCUUGUCUCUGAUCUUUCUGAAAUUUCAUCGAUAUUGUCAAUUUUUGCCGAUGAGUUGGCACUUACUGAAAAUUUACAGAACAGGAAAGCUGAUACAGCACUAUUACAUCCAUUGGACACCAAAAAACACUUGCAACUUGAUAAAGAUUUUGAAUCCUCUAAUCAGUUAGACGCUCAACUAUCCUUCCAAGUACUUUUUCCUCACCUGCAUAUGUUCUUUCCGAACAUGAGAAGCCAGUUUGGUGAGUUUGGAGAGAUUAUUUUGCAAGCUGUUGGGUGGCAACUCAAAUGUCUUCCUUCCAGUGUCGUGCCUGAUUUACUCUGCUGGUUUGCUGAUUUGUGUUUGUGGCCAUAUCUCAAAACAUUAAAAGGCCAUCUUUGUGUUGCAAAAGAUGCUAACUCUUUGAAAGGUUAUGCUGCUAGAAAUGCUAAAGCAGUUCUCCUUUAUGUGCUUGAAUCAAUUAUUGUUGAACACAUGGAGGCAUUAACACAUGAAAUGCCCAGGGUAGCUCAUAUAUUGAUGUCAUUUUGUAGAGCCCCAUAUUGUGAUGUUGCUUUUCUUGACUCUGUUCUCUCUCUAUUGGGGCCACUAAUUUCCUACUUUCUGCGGAUAAUUUGCAUCAAUGAGAAGCACUUGUCUGAAGCAUCACUUGAAGAGGACUUUGAGUUGUCAAACUUUGAAGAACUGUUUAGCAAUAUUAAGUGUAGAAAGGGAUCUAAUGGGCUUACUGAAGAGAAGAACAUUCAUGGACCUUUGAUGAUUGUCAUUUUAGGUCAUCUGUUCCCUGAUCUGUCCUUCAGGAGGAAAAAAGAAGUAAUAGAGUCUUUGUUAUUGUGGGUUGAUUUUACUACUUCAGAGCCCAUACCUUUUAUCUAUGAUUAUAUCUGUGCUUUUCAGAAAUUCAUUAAUAGUUGUCUAAUUUUAGUAACGUUAGUUCUGAAGUCAUUUGGUUUCCAUCACCGAGCCAAUAGUAAACAGUCAACUGAAGGGGGUCAAAAAAUCAGAACUGAUAAUGCCUUAAAUUAUGAGACCGAUUCACUAGAACUUCCUGAUUAUGAUAUAAACAGGUCGUCUGAAACAUAUGACAGUGUUGGCAUUGAUGCUGGUGUUGAAGUGGUCCAUAGUCUCUCUGCUGAUGAAGUUGAGGAAUUCACGAACUUACUAGAGAAGUUCAUUUCUGGGCUUUUUCCAGCUGUUGAAGCUAGUUGGAAAGUGCAUCAUAAGUUGGCAACAAGGCUAACAUUUACAUCAGCCAAAUGCUUAUUAUUGUCAAAAUUCUUGUAUUACUUCAUUCAUGACAAAAGUAGGGAAGGGGAUGAUGGCGGCAUACAUCAAACCAGUUUAAAUGACCAUUCAUCUAAAUACUGGGUGAAAGCUCUUGAAGGACUUAUAGAAACUGUCUCAUCAAGUCAAGCUAAUCAUUGUUGGCAAGUAGCACUGGUCAUGCUUGAUUUCCUAUUCAAGUUACCUAAGAACAUUAGCUUUUUCACUGUUGUCUCUCCUGUAUGCGUUUUGAUCAAGAAGUUCUGUUGUCAUGCACCAAAAAUUUCAUGGCGUUUGCAGAGUGAUAAAUGGAUUUCAUAUUUAUUUGAAAGGGGAAUUGAUAAUCUUAGUGGAAAUGAGGCUACAUUAGUGGACUUAUUCUGCACAUUGCUGGGUCAUUCAGAACCAGAACAACGAGCUGUUGCAUUGCAGCAUCUUGGAAGAAUUAUUGGCCUGAACAACUUUAAUAGUUUGAUUGAACUUCCUUAUUCAGUUAAACAAAGUCUGAUUCAAUCUCAAUCGCUAGGGACUAUUCCUGAUUCUGUAAUUUCCAUUUUGGUUACACAGACAUGGGAUAGAGUGACUGUGGUAGCACUGUCAGACCCUUCAAUGUUGUUGAGGACACAUGCAAUGGUUCUGUUACUAGCCUUCCUUCCUUUUGCUGAGAGAAAGCAAGUGCAAUCCAUUCUUGUAGCCACUGAUUCCAUUCUUAGAGGUGUAGGCAAAAUAAACAAUUCAGUGGAAACGGGUGAGUUGACAAGGCUUUCAUUGCAUAUUCUAGCAAGUGCAUGUCUUUAUUCUCCUGCGGAGGACAUUACUUUAGUACCUGAAACUGUUUGGAGAAACCUGGAGAAAAUGGGAACGUCAAAAACAGGAAUGCUUAAUGACUUGGAAAAAAGUUUGUGCUCAGCUUUGUGUAAGCUUAGAUGUGAAUCUGACGAUGCGAAACUGGCUUUACAAGAGCUACUGUCAUCUGGCUCCGCUUGGAAACAAACUGAUCCUAAAUUCACAACCAUUCGGGAGUCUAUUCUUCAGGUGCUGUCAUCUCUGACUUCCAUCCAAUCCUACUUUGACUUUUUCUCGGAGAGAGUUGUUCUGCAGGCUCAGGAACUUGAAGAAGCUGAAAUUGAAGUAGAGCUUCUUAAAAAAGAAGUAGCAUCUGAGGAUGCAUCUGCCUCUCAGCUAGAAGUUGACACAUCACAAACUACUGAGAAGGAGAAUAAUCGUCUUCAACAAAUUAAGGAUGAAGUUAGAUCAUUAGAGAGGGCUAAAAUUAGAGAAGAAGUGGUAGCCCGCAGACAAAAAAAGCUUCUAAUGAGACAUACUCGCCAAAAACGCUUAGAAGAGGCAGCUUUGAGGGAAAUGGAACUUCUUCAAGAACUUGACAGAGAGAGGAACAGCAAAGUGGAGCGGGAUGUUGAGAGACAGCGGGAGUUGGAGCUUGAACGUGCAAGAACUAGGGAAUUACAAUACAAUCUUGAUAUGGAAAAGGAAAGGCAGAUACAGAAAGAGAUUCAAAGGGAACUGGAGCAGGUCGAGUCUGGUGUUCGUCCUUCCCGUAGAGAAUUUUCAUCUAAUCCGAACAGUCGGUCUAGGGAAAGAUAUCGUGACAGAGACGAUGGCAGAUCUAGACAAGAAGCAAACAUAAAAUCCAGCAACAGAGGCCAUGAUGGUGGAACUUCCCAGACAACAUUAGCAGUCUCUGCUGGAGCACCUUCAGGACCAACUGUAGUUCUCACCGGAUCUCGAAUAUAUACAGGUCAACCUCUGACAAUUUUGCAGUCGAGGGAUCGUUCAUCAGAACGUGCUCCAAGUUACGAAGACAGCAUUGAGGGGAACAGGGAUUCAGGUGAUACAAGCAGCAUUGGUGACUCUGAGCUAGGCUUGGCCUUUGAUGGAUCACCUGGUGGCUUUGGCUCAGCUCCCAGACACGGAUCACGAGGGAGCAAGUCAAGGUCGAUUGUCGAACGGAGAGAACGGGAUGGAAGGCGAGAAGGAAAGUGGGAAAGAAAACACUCUUGAAUCCUCAACUUAGGAAUUUCAAUCAGGCCUUGCACAGUCAAUACCCGAGGGAAGGAUAAAUGGCCAAGUUGCAGAUUCCACAUGCCCUGUGAAAUCAGCACCUCACGACGAUCCCUAAUCUUGUGGCGGCAUCAUAACAGCUAUUUUUUCGAUCCUUCUCUUGUUUCAAUGGCAAAUAUAUGCUCAUGUUCCUUCUGGAAAUUCAUGUAAUUCCAAAACUUUUGGCAUUCUGUCUUCUAGGAUUUGCUUUUACCAAAUUAUCUGAAGCACUAACCAAAUAUUAGAAUCAGAAAAAGGAAGGAAAGAUGAACUGUCAUUAGUAAAAUUAACAUUGUUCGCUGAGUCAUCUCACAGGAAUACACAGCUCUAAACAAGGCAAACUGACAAGUUUAUGAGCUUUUUCUUGGUUUGAUUGUCGAUUUAAGAUCAUUAUGUUCUUAUUGCUUAAGUACAAUGUUAGACCAUUUGGAUAGCUAAUUCUAGAUUUUGCUCGCAUAAACGCUUUGUUAUUAUAAAGUUUUAGGAAGAUAAUAUUUUAGUAUGUC